AUGUUCUCUCUUGAUUUUCCUCGGUCGUCCAUAGAAAACUCACUUACCAAAUGUACCCGAGAAAAGGGUGUAAAAUUAAACGAAGAGAGGGGAGAGAGGGAGGGGAGGGGGGGUUUGAGGGAGAGGGGGGGGGGGGAUGGGGGGGAGGCGAGGGGGAGCGGAAGGAGGUGGGGAGGAGAGGGGGGGAGGGGAGGAGGAGGGAGGAGUGGAGGAGAGGGGGGGGAGAGGGGGAGGGGAGGGGGGGGGAAGGGGGGGAAGGAUUGGGGGGAUUGGGAGGGGGGUGGGAAAGGGGGGUGGGGAGAGGGGGGGGGGGGGGGUGGGAGAGGGGGAGGAGGGGGGGAGAGGGGGGGAGGGAGGGAGGGGGAGGGGGGAAUGGUUCGUAAGUUUGGAAACUUCAGGGGGAAUGGGGCCAGUGAGCUGAUUGUUGUACAGCUCUCUGUGAAGAUGAUCGUGUAA